ACGGAUGCUCUGCGGUUUCGUUCACGUCAUUGUUUCACUUCCUCCGCACUGCUCUCUUUGUCUUUCUCAUUCUCUAUAAACUCUGGCGAACGAAGCMCAAUUUAAAGGAAACGUUUUACUCKUUCAGCAGCAAUCCGAACAUCAGCACCAGCAAUUAAAAAUCCUCUUUCUGAACUUAUUGUUGGCUCUUUCUGCUGCUCUUCUUCACCUACCUCACUUCCUCCACCCACCUGCCCCUUUUCUCGCCUCGGCCGCUUCCUACCUGCAGCAUCACAGCAGCUGCGUCCGUGCUGAGAAACCGAAGGCGACUUCGAKCUCCAGAACCAAAACUGGAGCAAAACCAGGCGGAGGAAGAGGAGGACAGAAGAGAGCGAAGACCAAACACCAACAUGAUUCACUCGAAUCAAUCCACCCACUCUGUAUGCUGCUGCUGCUGUUGCUGCUGCUGCUCAAGCAGGGAGAUCAACACACGCAUGGAGCUGGAGGGCAGAACGUCUCUCUGUUUCACAACCAGACGAUACCCUGGAAACGCCCGGCGGGUGGACCGGUCCAGGAAAAAGCUCCCUCUGCCCCCUCCGGAGAACGGAGAAGGUGAAGGUUUGGUGAGCGUCGUUGCCAUGUACGACUUCACGGCCAAGGAGGACUCGGACCUCACCAUUAAACAGGGAGAGGAAUACGUCAUCCUCCACAAGCAGGACCAGCUGUGGUGGAGAGCGGAGGACAGACACGGGAAUAAAGGCUUCAUCCCCAGUAACUACGUAACAGAGAAGAACAGAAUCGAGGCAAACUCGUGGUACUGCAAGAACAUCACCAGGACAGAAGCUGAGCAGCUGCUGAAACAGCAGGAUAAAGAAGGUGGUUUUGUUGUGCGGGAGUCCAGUAAACAAGGAACUUACACCGUUUCUGUUUAUACAAAGACGUUAAGUCCGAAUGGAGACAUUAGGCAUUACCAGAUAAAAAUAACGAACACUGGACAGUUCUACCUGGCAGAAAAACACGUCUUCAGCUCCAUACCAGACGUUAUACACUACCAUGAACACAAUGCAGCAGGUCUUGUGACUCGGUUACGGUACGCAGUGGGACCGAUGGGACGGUGUGUCCCAGCCACAGCAGGAUUCAGCUCAGAGAAGUGGGAGAUCAACCCCAGUGAGCUGACCUUCAUGAAGGAACUGGGCAGUGGCCAGUUUGGAGUGGUGAAGCUCGGCAAGUACCGGGACCAGCAGAAAGUGGCCAUCAAGUCCAUCAGAGAGGGAGCCAUGUACGAGGAGGACUUCGCCGAAGAGGCCAAAGUCAUGAUGAGGCUGUGCCAUCCUAAACUGGUUCAGCUGUACGGCGUCUGCCUGAAGCACCGCCCCCUGCUGAUCGUGGCUGAGUUCAUGGAUAACGGCUGCCUGCUGAACUACCUGCGUCAGAGGGGCGGAGCUCUGAAGGAGGCGUGGCUUUUGUCCAUGUGUCAGGACGUCUGCGAGGGGAUGGAGUACCUGGAAUCUCACAGUUUCAUCCACAGAGACCUGGCAGCCAGAAACUGUCUGAUUAACGAGAACAACGUGGUGAAGGUCAGCGACUUUGGCAUGACCAGGUACGUUCUGGACAACCAGUACACCAGCUCCAGCGGCGCCAAGUUCCCAGUGAAGUGGUCUCCUCCGGAGGUUCUGCACUACAGCAAAUACAGCAGCAAGUCGGACGUCUGGUCCUUCGGCGUGGUGAUGUGGGAGAUCUUCUCCGAGGGUCGAACGCCGUUUGAGAGCCGCUCCAACUUGGAGGUGGUGAACGACAUCACCAGAGGGAUCCGGCUGUACCGGCCGCACCGCGCUUCCCAGCCGCUGUACGCCAUCAUGUACCGCUGCUGGCACGAGAAACCUUUGGGUCGGCCGGCGUUUUCUGAACUCCUGGAGGAAAUCAGAAAACUGGCAGAAAAUCCAGACUAACACAAAGAUGCUAUUCUUUUACCUCUGAAUAUCAAGCUGUUUUUAAACUCAUACGUACAAAUAAAACAUGUUUUAAUGUUGUAUGUAGAUUGUAUAAAUUAAACUUACCUAUGCCGGUGCUUUAAAUCAUUUAUUUAUUUUGAAAUAUGCAAUAAGACCAGCAAGAAAUUGUAAAUUUUAAGCUGAUUCUAAUGUGAAGUUGGUUUUAUACAUAUGAAGCUUCUGUUUAUAUUAAUGUACAGACUGUAAAACACAAACUAGCAGCAAAACCGUGUAUGACUGUUGAUGAAGCAUGAAUGAGUGAAUAAAUGUCACUUUAAGUAUUUA